GCCGCUGAGCUCCGCUGGCCCAGAGCCCGUGAGCGCUGAAUUGUCUUUCUGAUUCAAUAAUCCACCAGAAUUCCACCAGCCCACUGCCCCCACCUCACCCCAUGGAAGCCUAGGAGUCCUUGCUCACCCAAGACCCAAAGAGUACCAUCCUCCUUCACUGACACUUGCAGCGCAAGGCACAUGCUGAGAAGGUCUGCUCCAGACACCAAAACACAUCUCAGGAAAAGCAGCCACAUUUUGCAAGGCUCAAGGAUUUCUGGUACAUCAGUGGCAGGCCAAGAAGGAGCACCUCUUCUACUGCUAUGAAAGGAAACCUCUAAGCUCUACCCCUGUACCAUUAACUAUUGUCCUCUACAAGAUCUGGAAAACAUGAAGGCUGUAGCCCUCUUCAUUUGCCUUGUAGGACCAGUUUUUGCUAUUUCAAUCCAUCCUGUAAACCACAAGCUCAGAACUCACAGACAGAAAACUCCAGAAAAGACUGAGUAUAUUCAUCCAGAAGCUUCAAAGGAAGAGAACACAGGGUAUGUAGACGAGGGUGAUUUGCUGCCCACUGCCAGAAACUUAAAACCAGGCUCUGAAGACAGGGAUGGGCCCCAGACCAUGAGGAAGAAAGAAAGAACUGGGAGCAAGCAUCAAGUGAAAAACAGCCUGAAAAGCAUUGAUUUCCUUGCACUGCACAAUAAACUAGGUUUGGCUUCAGAUACCCAGGACAGUGACUCUGGGAGCAGCGGCAGAGAACAGUCCAGCUCUGAGCACGACCAGUUCAGGAACCAUGAGAAACAUGGGAACACGGCAAACCAACACCUUCCAGGCCACACAGAACACCCAGGGGGUGCCUUCAGCCUUCAGCAUGAGCAUAACAUGUGGAAAUAUAACAAAAAUGCUGUUGGCCUGUCUGAAAAACACAGUGAAAGCGAUGAUGAGGAAAGCAUGGAAGAAGAGGACGAGAAAUGGGGUGAAGAAACUGAUUACAGAGACACAAAGCACAAAGACCAUCAGACACAUCAAGGUGACCAAUACAAAAGGCAGGAUCAUGAGAACAGCAUGCAAUUAGAUGAUGAACUGAGAGAUUCCAGACAACUAACCUGGAAAACCAAGAGACACAGCAAGAAAUUUGACCUAGAGGAAGAAGAGAGGGAGAACAGGAAGAAGUCCUAUAAAGAAGAAAUCCCCCUCUCUCAAAAAACCCAUAAUGAAUAUCAGGAUAGCAAACAGCAAAGUCAAGAGAGAAACUACCAUAUUCAAGUGAACUACCAGAGCGAUCACGACGCGGUGGGGAAAACACAAGAUAGGGAAGACAGUAAUGAUGAGGACAGUCACGACAGUGGUGACAUUGGUGGUGAGGAAUAUCUCAGCAAUACCUGGAAAGAAACAGCCUAUGAGGAAGAGGAGAGAAUCCAGAGUAACGACCAGGAGAGCACCAGUAGCGAGCCUGAAGGGGAAGGAACCAUUGAAGAUGACACUGCAGUUCACAGAGAGACUGAGGAUUACAAAGUUGUCAAGAUUAAAGACCUUGCUCACUCUGAACAAGAUUACUAUGAUCAUGAGCCACCCAAUUCUGACAACAAGCAGCAACUGAAAAUGAGUAGCUCCAUUCAGAACAUGAAUUCAAUGGACAGUGAAGAUAAGGUUAAGACUACAGACAGUUCCCAUGGUCAGAUGGAAAGUGUCAGCAGCAGGAAUGAGGAGGGUCUCCUUGGACUGCCAGACACAUGUCGGAACUUCCACUGCAAAAGAGGCAAAGUCUGUCAUGCAGACAAACAAGGGAAACCCCACUGCAUUUGCCAAGAUCCUGCUGCUUGCCCUCCCACCAAAGACUAUGAGCAUGUUUGUGGUACGGAUAACAAGACUUAUGAUGGCACAUGUCAGCUCUUUGGCACCAAAUGUCAACUGGAAGGGACAAAAAUAGGACGCCAGCUGCACUUAGACUAUAUGGGCUCCUGCAAAUACAUCCCCCCCUGUACUGAUUAUGAAGUGGAUCAGUUUCCCCUCCGGAUGCGAGACUGGCUUAAGAACAUCCUUAUUCAAUUUUAUGAACGUGACCUGAACACUUCUGGGAUUCUAACUGAAAAGCAAAGGAAUAAGGUAAAAAAGAUCUAUCAGAACGACAAGCGCCUUGUGGCUGGUGACCACCCGGUUGAGCUGCUCCUGCAUGACUUUGAGAAAAAUUACCACAUGUAUGUGUAUCCUGUGCACUGGCAGUUUCACCAGCUUGACCAGCACCCUGUUGACAGAUUAUUAACACACUCGGAGCUUGCGCCCUUGAGAGCCUCCCUUGUUCCCAUGGAACACUGCAUAACCCGUUUCUUCCAGGAGUGCGAUGGAGACAAGGACAAACUCAUUGCUUUGAAGGAAUGGUGCCACUGCUUUGGGAUUAAGGAAGGUAAACCUAAAAGAAUAGUCAGAUGCACCUGACAGAAUGUUCCUGCCAAGAACAUUACUCUGACCUCAAAGUAAGGCAAAGAAAUUGUGAGCAGAAGCCCAUGGCCACAGUGCCAAGAGGAACACAGAACACUAAUAACAAGCCUGCAAAAGGUCAAGAGGGUUAACAACGCAGCACAGGUUAACCCCAGAAGAGUUAUGGGACAGAGGGCAUUUGGCCAAACAAGCACACUGAAGAAAUGUGUUUAAAAUCCUACUAGCAAGUCCUUAAUUUAAGUGGAGGCUGAUUCUGGUCAGAAGUCAGACACGUGGAACCUUUGCUCUUCCCAGAAUUUUUCCAGCUCUUCUGAUAACACUUUACCAGCCAUGAAGGAUGAAAGCUGCAAGGAGUUAUCUUAGUACAUGUAUACUUGUGCCAGUGAUUGCUCAUUCAUAGCAUCAGUCACUUUAUUGAUAGUGAUACAGCAUAAAACUGUCCCUUCAGCACAAAAUGUUAAUAAUGUUUUCUUCUUCUUUGUUGCAGAGGACAUAAAUGAAAAUCUCCUUUUCUGAGCCCAGUGAACAGACUUCCACUAUUGUACUAAAAUUGAUGAAUCCUGCUUACUUUUGUAAUUAACAGUUUAACAGCCUUCAAGAAAAUGGUGGAAUGAGGAUCACUGAAUUCUUAUCAAAUAACCCAAGUGCAGAAAAUUCCUACACUCAAUAACAGGAGAAAAAUUUAACUACUUAUAGCUAAAAAAACAGUGUUGCCUCCCACAUGUAUCCAUGAUCUUUCUGAACCAAUAAACAACUACUAACCUAAUGACUAAGCUGUUCACAAAACUCUUCAGUAGAAUUGUAGAAUGUAGAUGGUAUCACCCACUGAAAUGGGAUCUGUUUCCUUUAUUUACUGUAUUGUCAGCCUAACACGCUGCAUAGAAGUCUCAAAUAAAAUAGAAGUCUAUUGGAGAUAUGGGUUUCGUCACAACUUUGUUGAAGAAAAUUGUGUUUCUUCCACCUUAGCCCACCUUUUGCUCUCCUCAAGAGAGGCACAAUUUAAGCAUAAAAAAACUCAGGACAGGAUGAGAUUAUUCCUGAAUCCCCAUAAAUUUGUGAUUUUAAGGUAAGCACUUCACUGAAAACAUUCCAGGCAUAUUCUGCUUUAAGGAAAAAGCCCCGAAUGCUAUUUCCACAAAGGAUGAUCAGCAAACACCUUUCACCUGAACCACAUCACCUCUCCAAAGAAAAGAAGAUGGGAGUGAGAAAUGCUAUUUUGGUAGCUUAAAUAGUGGAAGUCCCAUCCCCCUCUGCUAAUUUGCUCUUGAACCAGCAAAGGCUGAUAAUCAUUGUCCAAUGCCAGGCUGAUGCCCUGGGAUACAAUGAAUUAAGCUGUGAUUAUUUUCAACACAAGGACUUCUUACACAAACCAGAGAUUGCUUCCUAGAACUGCCAUUUUUUUUCCAUAAUCCUGACUUUUUGCUCACUUCACAUUCUGCAACAUUACACAGCAGUGUAAAUAACUCAGCCUAGAUGGCAUGUACAAAAGCACAUUCUCUAUGCUAGUUCCAUUUGGAAAAGAUCCUUUCUCUGGGACUUCAAAUAUCUUGGGAGAGAAAGUAAUUUUGACAGCACUUUUCCAGCCUGGCUGCAGCCUAUGGCUUAUUUGCUCUGUCUUUUGUUUAACCCAGACAGAGUUGGGUGGCAGAAACACAGCUCUCAAACUGCAAGUACACUGCCAGUACACAGCUGGCCUCAAAAGGUAAUGACUUUAACCCACAAAUUCCCAUUUCUUCAGGAAAAAGAAUUUAUGCUGUCUCUAGUUUGCAGCUUCAGUACUCUCAGUAUUAUCAUCCGAGUACUCCUCCAGCAUUGCUACAGUCAGAAUAUCUACAAUGAAAAAAUAAACAACAAAUACCCUUUUCAUAACACAUUUCCACUGCCAAGCCUGUCAAUUCUCUGAGGAUAGUAGCGGUUGUUACAAAAAAAACCUGCAGUUUUUAUCAGCUGAGAAGCAAACUAAUAACCCAAAACAACUGAAGAAGUGAUGAUUCAUAACAUUUUGUGGUUUUCUGAUGCAAGAAGAGUAUUAAAAACUGUAGAUAGAGACUGCAGAUCCACAUCCCUUGACUGUCUAAGAAGGUUCUGCUCUUAUGGAUCAUGCUUUCAAAAUCCAACUACACUGCUGGGAGUCUACUCUGCACAAUGCAGCACAUCACAGAAGAAAACAGACGGGCAGGAAGGGGUAAGCAAGGAUUGAAAGAAAAAUUCAUACCUUUUGACACUACCUUUCCUUUGAAAAGAACACUAAUAACUCUGCAAGAUUCCCAGGGUUUCCUGCAUAAACACCCAUAACUCCUCCAGGUUUCACUAACUAAUUGGGAGGCAGGGGUAGGGUUGAAAAGGAGAAAGUCCUAAACCCAUUAAUUAGUUACGCAGGAUGUGGAUAAAGUCUCAACAGUGCAUGAGUGUGUCACAGUACUGCUACACAAGGUAAUUCCAGACCAUGACAUUUAUCACCAACUCUCUUCAACCCAUGGAUCAAAAUUCCUGAAGUCCUCAGGUCUCAACAUCAACUUUCAGCUGUCACUGUCACCAACUCCUGACACCAGUACACAAUUAACAGCAAUUGAUUAAAAACAGAGAGGGAAGUGUCAGCAACUGCUGUGCAGCCCCUGUUAGCAGCACAAAUGCUAAAGCCCCCAUCAGCCUCCUGACUGCAAGUUAUUCACAUCACCUGUAGGGUGAGAAACCAGCACAAUUUACAAGAUUAUAUUUCAAGGCUGCUCUUUCCAGUGAUUCUGUUGAUGAUGCAGUCUCCACAACAGCUGUACUGUACCCCACAAGCCGUGGGAAGAAAAGGAACCACAAAAUUCAGCUCCUCAAAUCAGUCACAACUUCUUUGACACAGAGGCACAGUCACGCAUUCAUGUGAAUCCCAGCCACACUGUAAACUAAAAAGUAAUUGAAUGUGAAAACUAAUCACUCAAAGUACAAAAUCCCUGCAAAGAUAUGUUAAGCAAAAUGACUCAGAAAAGAAAUUUCACUUUAUUAUGCAGCACUUAAGUCAUUAUUCAGGUUAUCCUACAAGUCUCUCAUUCCUUAGGGAUUCAUAUUCCUGGAAA